GGACCCGCAGGCCUGCCGGACAGCGCUCCCUCCCUCCCCGAACCCUUCUGGCGCGGGGGAAAGUUAAGUCGUGCAGAACGGAGUUAAAGAGGCCAGAACGGCGGAGGCGCCGGACCCGGCGGGGGUGUCGUGUCGCCUGGCAUCUGGUCUGCUGGGGUCGGAGAGCGUGUUUCUCCCUUCCACCGUCAUCAGCCUAGUCCAAACCCCUGUGACCUCAAACCAGAAUUGUUGCAAUAGGCUCCUGGCAGAACUAAACAAUUCAUCGUGUGUACUGAUUUCCUAGUGUGAUUGAAUCAUGGAAAAUCAGUUGUCUAAAUCAAAUGAAGAACGAACAUUCCAGUACCAGGAUUCACUUCCAUCACUGCCUGUUCCUUCACUUGAAGAAUCAUUAAAAAAAUACCUUGAGUCAGUGAAGCCAUUUGCAAGUGAAGAAGAAUACAAGAAAACCGAAGAGAUUGCCCAAAAAUUUCAAAGUGGUAUUGGAAAAACAUUGCACCAGAAAUUACUUGAAAGGGCAAAAGGAAAAAGAAAUUGGCUGGAAGAGUGGUGGCUGAAUGUUGCCUACCUGGAUGUUCGUAUACCAUCACAAUUGAAUGUAAACUUUGCGGGUCCUGCAUCGCAUUUUGAACACUACUGGCCUCCAAAGGAAGGUACUCAGUUGGAAAGAGGAAGUAUAAGUCUUUGGCAUAAUUUGAACUACUGGCAGCUGUUAAGAAGAGAAAAAGUGCCUGUUCAUAAAGUUGGAAACACUCCUCUAGAUAUGAAUCAAUUCCGAAUGCUGUUUUCCACUUGCAAGGUUCCAGGAAUCACUAGGGAUUCAGUUAUGAGUUAUUUUAGGACUGAGAGUGAGGGGCAUUCCCCAAGUCACGUGGCAGUGCUGUGUCGAGGCCGAGUUUUUGUCUUUGAUGUAUUACACGAAGGAUGUUUGAUCACCCCACCAGAGAUUCUCAGGCAAUUGACAUACAUCCACAAGAAGUGCCAUAGUGAACCUGAUGGGCCUGGGGUACCAGCAUUAACUAGUGAGGAGCGAACUCAAUGGGCUAAGGCACGAGAAUAUUUGAUUAGUCUUGACUCAGAGAACUUGACUAUGUUAGAAAAAAUUCAGAGCAGUUUACUGGUAUAUUCCUUAGAGGAUGGCAGUCCACAUGUAACACCAGAAGAUUAUUCUCAGGUAACUGUAAUGGUCCUUACUGGAGAUCCAACAGUACGAUGGGGUGACAAAUCCUAUAACUUGAUUUCCUUUUCUAAUGGAGUAUUUGGCUGUAAUUGUGAUCAUGCUCCUUAUGAUGCAAUGGUUAUGGUAAAUGUCAGCUAUUAUGUUGAUGAGAAGGUUUUUGAGAAUGAAGGAAGAUGGAAGGGUUCAGAAAAAGUACGGGAUAUAUCACUUCCAGAGGAGCUUGUUUUCACUGUGGAUGAGAAAAUAUUGAAUGACAUCAGUCAAGCUAAAGCACAGUAUUUCAAGCAGGCAUCUGAUCUGCAAAUUGUAGCAUAUGCCUUUACAUCUUUUGGCAAAAAGCUAACCAAGAAGUUGAUGCUUCACCCUGAUACCUUUAUUCAGCUUGCACUUCAGCUGGCCUAUUACAGACUUCACGGACGCCCUGGUUGCUGCUAUGAAACAGCUAUGACAAGAUAUUUUUAUCAUGGCCGUACAGAGACUAUGCGAUCAUGUACAGUAGAGGCAACCAGGUGGUGCCAGUCCAUGCAGGAUCCUCGUAACAGCCAUCUUGAGCAGCAGCAAAAGAUGUUAGAAGCUUUUGCAAAACAUGAUAAAAUGAUGAAAGAUUGUUCAACUGGCAAAGGAUUUGACCGUCAUCUUUUAGGUCUUUUACUCAUAGCAAAAGAGGAAGGUCUCCCUGUUCCCGAGCUCUUUACAGACCCACUUUUCUCCAAAAGUGGAGGAGGUGGAAACUUUGUUCUCUCCACAAGUCUGGCUGGCUAUUCAAGAAUGCAGGGUGCGGUGGUCCCCAUGGUGCACAAUGGCUAUGGGUUUUUCUACCACAUCCGAGAUGACAGGUUUGUUGUGGCCUGUACAGCCUGGAAAUCAUGUCCAGACACUGAUGCAGAAAAGCUAGUUCAGCUGAUAUUUAGUGCUUUCCAUGAUAUGAUGCAACUGAUGAACACUGCUCAUCUUUAGAGACUAAACUUGUUAUUAAGCUCUUACCAAAAUAUAUCAUUAAGGUGGGUGCUGGGAGUGGGUUGGUGAUUUGAGAUAGGAGGGAAUGUUGACUUGAAGGAAACUUGGUAAGUGUAGAAAUGAGUACAAUCAUGCUUUCUAAAUUUACUCUGACAGAGGUAGAGAUAUUAUUUUUAAGUUUCCUCUGAUGCAGCAGCAAUGCAAAUUAUGAUAUAGUGAAUAUCGGUCAAACUAUGCAAAGUUUAAGAUAAGCCUCAACAAUGCAAAUCUACAAAUUGUAACAAUGCAAGUCUUACUCUUUUAUAUACUUUUGUUGGUCACUGAAUAGGUUAUAAAUCCUGCCUUUGAACAUCAUUCUAGAAUUUGUCUUUCAAGCACUUUAAGCUUUCCUAGUUGCCAAAGGGUAUGACAUAUAUGAUUAGAUGGUUAUUUUCCUAAAAUCAAAGACUUCCACACUCACUACAAGGAUAUAAGCCUAUAUGUUUGAUGGGAAAGACCACUACAACUGAUUGAUUUUUUUAAAUAGAGAGUCUCUGCUGAAUAGUAGAAUAAAGUUGUGAAAGGGAGGUUUACACCUUCUGACAACAAAACCCUAACAAAAUUUAUUAUAGCAUAAUUAGUUUUGUGAAUAAAAAGUUAAAGUACUUAUAUUUCAAAUUAGUUGUGAGAGUUAGUGACUUUAAAAGGAUUAAAUGUUGAAUUUGAUUCUCAGGAUUUUACAGCUUGGUUUUCUUUCCACUGUUAAAUUUUAUACUUUCUACUCUCAGAAAAUAAAACUCUCAAAAUCCUA